UAUGGGAAACAAACAACUGAAACUCUAAAGUAGGCAAAGACCUAGACUAUAAUAAAACAUAUUCAUAAAUAACAUUAUUCAAGACUCUGUUACAAAGAGUAUGAACAAUGCUGGGUGUCUAACAAACCCCCUCAAAAACUCCCAUUAAUUCUUUCUCCUCCCUAGACUCUCAUGCUGACUUAGGUAUUUCUCCGACGGCUCGGGGCUUUAUUAUCACUACAACCCACAUGAUGUGGCGGCCAUUGAUGCAGUCACCUGCGAGAUCCUCCGGCAUCUUCCUCUGUUGCGUCCUCCUCCUUGUCGGCGCGUUUGUCUCCACGCACCUGCUCGACACAAUAUACCCUCACAGAAAUCCACAAUUCCCGAAAACGCCCUCAGACCCAAUUGAGAUUCCACUCGACUGUACAGCCUACAACCUCACACGGACCUGCCCUUCAAAAUACCCAACCACCUCCGAUCCAGAGGAAGAUCCUGACCGUCCAUCACCCCCGACUUGUCCAGAGUACUUCCGUUGGAUAUACGAAGAUCUUCGUCUCUGGACCCACACAGGGAUCACGAGGGAGAUGGUGGAGAGCCUCAAAGGGAAGUCCAAUUUUAGAUUGGUGAUAGUGAAGGGCAAGGCUUACGUGGAGGCAUAUGAUAGAUCGUAUCAGACUAGAGACGUUUUUACGCUGUGGGGAAUCCUACAGUUACUACGGAGGUACCCGGGUCAAGUGCCUGACUUGGAUCUGAUGUUUGAUUGCAUUGAUAUUCCAUCCAUCAAGACAAGCGACUAUCAACUGCCCAAUGCCUCGGACCCACCACCCCUGUUCCGGUACUGUGGUGAUGAUGACACACUGAAUAUUGUUUUCCCUGAUUGGUCCUUCUGGGGAUGGCCUGAGACCAAUAUAAAGCCAUGGGAAUCUUUGAUGACGGACCUAAAAGAAGGAAACAAGAGGAUCAGAUGGAUGGAUAGGGAACCUUAUGCUUACUGGAAGGGCAAUCCGACGGUUGCUGCAACAAGGAAAGACCUCCUCAAAUGUAAUGUCACAAAAAAUAAGGAUUGGAACGCUCGUUUAUAUGUUCAGGAUUGGAUUCGGGAAACAGAGGAAGGGUACAAGAAGUCAGACUUGGCUAGCCAAUGCGAUCAUAGGUAUAAGAUAUAUAUUGAAGGCACUUCCUGGUCUGUCAGUGAAAAAUACAUUCUUGCUUGUGAUUCUGUUUCCUUAAUGGUAAAGCCCCACUACUAUGAUUUCUUCACAAGAAGUUUGAAGCCACUGCACCACUACUGGCCUGUAAGGGAUGAUUACAAGUGCAGAUCCAUUAAGUUUGCUGUAGAUUGGGGCAAUGCCCACAAGAAAGAGGCACAACAAAUUGGGAAAGCGGCAAGCCAAUUCAUUCAAGAGGAGUUGAAGAUGGAAUAUGUGUAUGAUUACAUGUUUCAUCUUUUAAAUCAAUAUGCUAAGCUCUUAACAUUUGAGCCCGUUAUACCUAAAAAUGCUGUUGAACUCUGUUCAGAGACAAUGGCCUGCCAAGCAGAAGGAUUGGAGAAGAAAUUUCUUAUGGAAUCCAUGGUAAAAGGUCCCGCGUACACCAGCCCAUGCACUAUGCCUCCACCAUAUGAUCCUCCAGCUCUUCAUACAAUUCUCAAGACAAAGGAAGAUUCAACAAGACUAGUGGAAUUAUGGGAGCGAGAAAAUGUUUUGGGAAAACGAAAAUGAGCAG